AUGGGCCGCUUCGAGUCCAUCAUCAUCACCUUGGUCGUCCUCGCUGUCGCGAUCAUCCUCGUCUUCAGCUUUGCCUUUGGCUACCUACGGCAUGUCAAGAUCACCGUCGACGAUGCGUCCCUGACCCACAUGGAGCUGGUCACCACGCCCACGACGGCGCUGGCGUACAACCUCUCGCUCAUGCUCGUCAUCCGCAACCCGAACUGGGCCAUCGCCAUCAAGCACGACAAGCCGCUGGACGCUGCGAACAGCUUCGACGGGCAGCAGUUUGACCGAGCUCACGUCGCCGACAAGGGCGACAAGCAGCGCGCCGGGAAGACGGUGGUGUACCGCCUCGACACGAGCUCCGACGGCAGGCGGAGCGUGUCACUGGGGAACGCAGGCGAGGCCAGCUUCAGGAAGCAGAACGCGACGGGCCUGUUCGAGGUGGAGGUGAAGCUGACCGGCAAGUUCAAGUACACGGCGCGCUACCACAAGUGCAAGCUUGAGGCGACCUGUCCGCUAAAGCUGCAGCUCGCGCCGCCGGGCUCGCCGGCGGUGGUGUUCCAGAAGGUCGAAUGCAAGCUCGCCAAGCCGGAGAAUAAAUACUGCUAG